CGACAAUUGUUGUUUGAUAAACUAUCUUGUGUUUUGAAAUUCAUAUACAGCAUAAUUUCAUAAUUCGCGCCAGAAGAUGUAAUUGGUUUUGUUGUAUCUGCGCAAUGGAAAGUCGUAGAACGAAAGAGCGUGCGAUGGUCACGUUUGGAGUUGUUAGGUUAUGUUUCAUAGUGUUCACAUUGAAAAGAUUUAUAAAUGUGACAUAUUGUUCUUAAAAAUUAUUGAUCGUUCGAAUAAUAUUUCUUGGAAGUAAUUUUACAGGAAAAAGGUUGGAAAGUAAUUUAAGGAUGUCUUCUUGGAAGAAAGCAGCCAAAGCAACGCAAAAAACUCAUAAAGAAAGACAUCAACCAGAGGCCCGUAAGCACUUAGGUCUUCUUGAAAAAAAGAAAGAUUAUGUUGUAAGAGCAAAAGAUUAUCAUAGGAAAGAGCGAACUUUGAAAUUAUUGCAAAAACGUGCUCUCGACAGAAAUCCGGAUGAAUUUUACUUUCACAUGAUCAAUUCAAAAAUAGAAAAAGGUGUUCACAGAGAAAAAGAUAAGGAAGAUGAACAUACUCCUGAACAAAUUAAAUUAAUGGAGACUCAAGAUAUAAAAUACGUUGCAUAUAAAAGAAAUAUAGAAGCGAAAAAGGUAGAGAAGUUACAGAGUCAGUUACAUCUGAUAGAUGCUGCAAAUGAAAUAAAAAAUAAGCAUAUAUUUUUUGUGGAAGACGAGGAAGAAGAAAAAACCUUUGAUAUUGCAAAGAAAUUAAAUACGCAUCCUGCGUUAUUGUCAAGGCGUACAAAUAGACCCAAUUUGUCUAAACUAAAAGACAUAAAGCUUCCUAAAGUUGACGAAAAUACUCUUGCCACAAUUGAACAGCAGAAACGCAUGGCUUACAAAGAAUUGUAUAAGAGAAUUGAAAGAGAACGGGAGUUAACUAUUGUUCAACAAAAAUUAGAAAUUCAGAGAGCUCUAGCAAAGGAGAAAGAAAAUAAACCAAAACGAGUGAAACGUGCAACAAAAAAUUCUGCUCCUAUAUAUAAAUGGAAGUUUGAAAGAAAGCGGUGAUAUGUUAUUAUACGUAUAAAGGAAACUUGUUUCAUAAAUAUUGUUUUUGAGGAACUAAAUUGAGAGGUAUUAGAUUAUUUUACUUUUUUAUUCAUCAUUAUGUAAUGUUUCUUCUUUCCAUUUGGACAUCCUUUAUAUUAAUAAAUUAUUUAGAUUGUCAAAACUUA